AUGUUUCAGAGCGAGCAAGUGGGCAGCGGGCUAUGGAGCCUGGUCUGGAGCCGGGAGGCGCCGCGCUCUGUACCUGGACGCCUGCGGCUGCCGCUAAGCCCAGCAUCGCUGUUCUGGUGGGCCUGGGCCCCCCUUGACGCCGAGCGCGCGCCCUCGCUGACGCGCCUCUACCGCCUGCCGGGCGCCAGGGACAACAGUGUGCUGCCGCCGCACCUCCCGUAUCCCAAGGACCUCCAGAGGACCACGCUUACCGUCGGAAUGCUGGCUGAGAGGAACGCGAACGGAACAUGGGAAAUCCCAGAGACCAACAGGAGGCUAUAUUCAAUGACUAAAUUUAACGAAGCUCUCCUGGUUCAUCUCCAAGAACUUUAUAACUUCACGGUGCGCAUGGUGCCCGUGGACAAAUGGGGCAAACGAGAUGCUCAGGGCCGCUACGACGGUCUGCUGGGCAUGCUGCAGCGCGGAGAGGUGCAACUGGCAGUCUCCUCGCUCGUGCCGCAGCCGCACCACCUGGACGCCGCCACCUUCAUCAGCCAUGCCUGGAGAGUCAGGACGCUGGCGAUGGUGCGGCAGCCGUCGCGCGCGGGCGACGUGGACGCGCUGGUGCAGCCGCUGACGCCGCCGGCGUGGCUGUGCUGCGGGCUGCUGCUGGCGGCGCUCGUGGCCGGGCUGCGCGCCACCACCUGGGCGCACCGCCGCUUCGUCCAGCCCGUCUGCCCGCCGCAGCGCCAGCCGCUCGAGGACUCCUGGAGCGACUCCCUGCUGCUCGUCAUCGGGGCCAUCAGCGAGCAAGGGACGGCGAACGACUCGUCGCAGCCGUCGUGGCGGCUGGUGGUGCUGCUGACGUUCAUGCUGUCGCUGCUGAUAAACACGUACUACUCGGCCAGCAUGACGGUGACGCUGCUGCUGCCGCCGCCCGUCGUCUACCGCUCGCUGGCCGACAUGGUGCGCGGGGACGUGCGCCUCGCCCUGCACAACACGCCGGACAUGCUACAGCUGCUGCAGGACCCGCUGCUGCAGCAGCUGCGGCGCGCAGACCGGCUGUCGCUGUCGCCGCUGCAGGGCGCGAUGGAGCGCGCGCGCGCAGACUCUUCUCGCGUGGCGGCGGCGGCGAACGCGGCCGUGCUGUACGCGGCGCUCAGCCCCAGCGACCGCUGCGCCCUCUCCGAGGUGCCGCUCUUCCCGCCGCACCACUCGCUGCUGCCGCUCGCCAAGGGCUCGCCGCUCAAGGAGCUGCUCUCCGUGGGGUGCGUACCGCAAACACACACCGACCGAAACCUGUAA